UAAUUCAAAUUAACCUGAAAUACUGUUCGUUGGCGGUGCUUGAUUUCAAAUCUGAAAUAUUCGUUUAAUAUUUGUGUGAUAGAGCACGUGUCUAGCAAUAUGGAUUCUUCUGAUUCUGAAAGUGAUAAUGAAACUACUGCAAUUGAACAAGUUGGAAAUGAAGUAGUAGGGGAUAAUAAUGAAGAAAAAACAGAUGAGAAACCAGUCACAUGGCAAGAUUUGGGUUUGGUAGAUGUUUUAUGCAAAGCAUGUGAACAAUUGAAAUGGAAAGAACCAUCGAAAAUCCAGAAGGAAGCCAUUCCCUUAGCUAUUAAGGGAAAAGACAUAAUUGGACUUGCAGAAACUGGAUCGGGAAAAACAGCGGCUUUUGCACUUCCAAUCCUUCAAUCUCUUCUAGAAAACCCUCAAAGAUACUUCGCACUCAUUCUCACACCUACCAGAGAGUUGGCUAUACAAAUAUCAGAACAGUUUGAAGCUUUAGGGAGCACUAUUGGAGUAAAAUGUGCUGUUAUUGUUGGAGGAAUGGACAUGUCGUCUCAAGCUUUAUUACUAACACGAAAACCACAUAUUAUAAUUGCUACGCCUGGUCGUCUUCUAGAUCACUUGACAAACACAAAAGGUUUCAAUUUAAAAGCACUCAAAUAUUUAGUGAUGGACGAAGCUGAUAGAAUCUUAAACAUGGACUUUGAAGUUGAGGUUGAUAAAAUACUGAAAGUUAUUCCCAGAGAAAGGAGGACUUACUUAUUUUCAGCUACAAUGACCAAAAAGGUGAAGAAACUUCAGCGGGCUUGUUUGAACGAUCCAGCAAGAGUGGAGGUGUCGACGAAAUACCAGACAGUUGAGAAACUGUUACAAUAUUAUAUAUUCGUUCCUAUGAAGUUAAAAGAUGUUUAUCUAGUUCAUAUGUUAAACGAGAUGGCAGGCAAUAGUUUCAUGAUCUUUUGUGCCACCUGUAACAAUACUUUGAGAACAGCGUUGAUGUUGAGAAAUUUGGGAUUUGGAGUUGUACCACUGCACGGAAAAAUGUCUCAAAAUAAAAGAAUUGCAUCACUUACCAAGUUCAAAGCGAAGAGUAGGUCACUCUUGAUAUCCACAGAUGUAGCCAGCAGAGGUUUGGAUAUACCACACGUUGAUGUAGUCAUAAAUUUUGAUAUUCCCACACACAGUAAGGACUAUAUUCACAGGGUUGGAAGGACUGCAAGGGCUGGAAGAUCGGGGAAAGCUAUUACAUUCGUCUCGCAGUACGAUGUUGAACUUUAUCAGAGGAUUGAGCAUCUCAUUGGUAAACAAUUACCAUUGUAUAAAACAGAAGAAGACGAAGUUAUGGCUCUACAAGAAAGAGUUGCAGAAGCUCAGAGAAUAGCUAAAAUGGAAAUUAAGGAUAUUGAUGAUAAAAAAGGUGCAGGUAAAAGAAAGAAGGGAGAUGCUGAUGAUGAUGACACAGAAGAUGCUGUUGGUGUGAGAAAAAGGUUGAACAAAGGAGGAGGGAAUAAUUAUAAAAGAAACAAUAAGAAUAAAAGACAUUAAUUUUGUAUUAUAAUUUGUUAUUUAUUUUGUAAUAAAAAUAUUUAUAUUAUAACUUUUGUUUCAUUUCUUUUUUACCAAUUUAUUUUUGAAAUUGAUGGUUGGAUAACUAUUGAAUUCAUUAAUUUUCUUAACUAGAUUUUUUUUAGACUCCUCAUCAUGGAAGAAGCAAUUACAUGAUGAAAAACAAAGAUGCAUUGAGAUGAUUUUUGAAAAUGUAAGUUAUAAAGUUGAAAUAUUUCAAUUUGAUUAUAAGAUUCAUAUGAUGCAUAAAAAGAUAUUUGAAGAAACCAUGAAAAUCUUGAAAUGAUCGUCACUACCUCUGAUUUCAAUGAUAAUUUCAAUUUUCUUUCCACAAAAUUAUUUCAUAUCAUUGAUUCAUUCUCUUUUUGUUUCAAGAACGAAAUAAAAGAUGAUUCUAUGCAGUCUACAACUGGACUUGGACUAACGAAUUGGGAAUCAACAAAUGAUCAUUUGAAGUAAACCAGUAACACUUGAAAUAACUGAAAUGGGAAGGAACAAUAGAUGAUAUUCAAUAGACAACAGUAACUAGCGCUUGAGACAACCGAAAUAGGAAGGAACAAUAGAUGAUAUUCAAUAGACAACAGUAACUAGCGCUUGAGACAACCGAAAUAGGAAGGAACAAUAGAUGAUAUUCAAUAGACAACAGUAACUAGCGCUUGAGACAACCGAAAUAGGAAGGAACAAUGAUAUUCAAUAGAUGACAGUAACUAACGCUAGAGAUAACC